UCAAAACGCAACAACUAAUUACCGUAAGUCUAACUCACUUGUUCAAAAUCAACUGGUUAAACACUUCAACCCAGUGUCAGAGCAUGAAAGAGGCCUCAGGUGAUCUCUGCUGUGUUGUAGAUAUGGUCCUCUGGCCUGAUCAGGAUCGGAGGUGGGAUACAGACUGAUUUACAUGUAGAUCUGUUUCACCAUUUUAUAUUAUUAUUAUUAUUAUUAUUUUUGUUGGCCUACAAAAAGCUUUUCAUGCAGUCAGUUCAGCGGAACAUUUGACUGUAUUACAAUAACAAAUAAAUAUUUGGUUUGUAACCUUUUGUUUUGUGUACUGAUUUUGAUCAUUGCAUCCCCCGAAAGUCUAAACAUUUUCUUACUGGAUUGUUUUUCAUUUUACUUAUCAGAUCUAGGUGGACACACCCACUAGUGAUGUCAUAUGGAGCAGAUUUUUGAAACGGCUUGUAAGGCUAAUCGCACUCACACCUGGUGGUAUAAUAUUUCUCCUUUAAACGAUUGACGUAGCUAAUACCUCCUAAACUUCCACUCUGUAGCCAUGGUCCUAUACCGCAGCGAGAUGUACAUGUCUGACGACGUAGUGCAAGAGUGGCCAAGUCACUUCCUAUUAGGAUACCCUCAUGCAGUCUCCAUCCCAGGACGAUGGGCUGGUCCAGCAUUCCAUGCCCGGAACAGCGGCUCCAGAUGUACCAAACAUCUGGAGAUUAGGCAGGAAUCACAUCCCGGCAAAACGGGAAAAACUAUCGGAUUUCUGUAAUUUUCACUCUCUUUCACCGUCUUAUCUCUCCCUCUUUCCCUUGAGACGGAGUGACAAGAGACGGAGAAAGAGAGACGCAACGAGACAAAGGGAUGGAUCUUUCUAUCUCAGUUUCUCUCGCAAUUUCACUGCCUCUUGUCACUGUCAGACACACGUAAAUCAGAGCUGCUUGUAACAUUAUAAAAGUAUGUAAUCCAGUUAUAUUGUAACCCCUCAGUCUCUAACAUCUUGAUUUAAAAGCUGUUGCUAUAGUCUUCUACCAAAGAACAUAUAUCGCCUUAAUAACCUUUUUACAUUUUGCACUCCUAAUAAUACAUAAUACAAACUUUGACCCAAUUAUGAACAAAAAGCUACAGAGGGAAACAAUUAAAACAACAAUAAUGAUAUUAUCUGGUGAUAUUACGAUUGAUUUUAUAGUUUGUCCCGAAAUAAAACCAUUUCCUUUAAGUGGGUGAGUUCCCCAGAGGUCGACUCUCCACUUAUUCUGAUAGGCUGAACCUUAUACCCCUCUGGCGCGCCAGUGCGCCUGCGCAUCACUGAAACCCCUGUAAACGCUGUAAAGAGAACAAGAGGCACACCGCACACGCAAUCUGGAAUACAAACAUCCUUCUCCGACCUCUUACAUCGGACAGAGACGAGAUGAGGAGAUAAACGGGGGUUCUAGAGGGGACAGGCGUUUCGUAAUUCGCAUCAGAGCGACCGUCGGACUCGGUAGGCGAGGAUGAAUCUUCCUCUUCCUCAUCACCAGCCGGGGCUCCGCGACGACCGGACGGCUGCUGGGGUCGCGAGCACACUGCAGGCUGGAGUCCCCAGUCCCGGGGACUGUGUCCCGCGGUUGUGAUGUGAUGGGAGGUGCACCCUCGCGUUGGUGGAAGAAAGACCUAGGGGUUUUCGUGGUUCCAGCCCCGUGUUGUGGCGCGUCUUGUGUCCACGCCGCCGUCCUGUCUCAGGUGUAGCAGAGCGGAUCGUCCUACCUCAUCCUCCAGUCGCCCGAUAUGUGCACGUUGUCAUUAUUUCAAUGUGAAUACGUCCGAUGUGUGAGACCUGCGCGUUAGCCCCUGUGAUCCACCAUGGAUGUGGAAUGACGUGAGCGGUGCUGCGUGGUUAUUUACGCUCACAGAACCCGCGGGACUACAGCUUAGGCUGGCCUCCCGCUGUAACCACCUCGUCUGCAUCUGGAUAUCACUUUGAGGACGGAUUUAUACGGGUUGUGUUGUUUCUGUGCAUGUGGAACACACAAAACCAGUCUGUUAACUGGUUUUGCUCCCGAUUCCACUGCCGACGUGUUCUGACGUCCCGUCCCGUCCCCCCUGGCAUUAUCAGCUCGACUUCCUGCCCCCCCCCCCACACACACACAGCCGCCCGACGUACGCACGCAGACUGACCCGGCACCCAGAUCCUCUUGGGACCCAGCUCGCACCCUGGCACCGAUGAAGUUCCAUCAUGAGCAGCAGGAUCACUUGUAGAGCUGUCGGCUCUGUCUGGGAGGGCCCCAGCCCUGGGCCGUCAAAAGAAUCGUUUCCAAAUAUUUCAUGUUCGGAUUUCGAUGUUGGAUUUUGGAGUUUCUAAAUGCAUGGAAGACUGACUGCGGUGCAGUAGUCUAGCCCUACAAAACGGACCCUGGCCUUGGCUUGCACUGCUUGUUGUUGUGGUCUGAGCGCAGGUGUGCAGCAUACCCUGUGUGGGUCUUAUUCUUUUUUUACUAUGGAUAUCUCCAGUUAAUCCUGCGCCGCAGCUGCGGAUCUGUGGAAGAUGACACGGGUCGGUCAAUAACGCUGUUCCCCUAGUCUGCCAACAUCCUGUGAGCAAUCUCGGGCCUCUCUGGACACGUGCUGUGAGAGCUCAGCUUUCCCCCGUUGAGAGAGUCAGUCUGGACUCGUGAGUGCAGCUCCUUCAGUCUCCCUGAACUCUCGGUUUGGUGGACACGUGAACGUGCCUUGGACAAUACGGACCCGGUCUGCUUCACUGUGGAUGUUUUGGUUUCUAACCCAAACGUUAAAGCCGUGUUUUGAUUGGAUGAUAUUUGUCUUUUCUCUGGAUUUGUCCUUUUGUAGUUUGCAUGUGUGUGUGUCCUUCGUUGAACGUGGUGGGUGAGGACGUUCAGCUAAAUCUCAGGCCACCACGGUACACAUCUCAGCAGGAGUGAAAGGGUCCUGAGAGUAGAGGGUUCUUUUGGCCUGGCCCUUCCCCUCUCCAGUUCUCUUCUUUUUUUUGGACCCCCCCCCCGACUCCCACUGAGAGGGGGUCAGCCCUGGGCGGGAGUUUGCCAUCGCCGCCCUGGCGAUGGGGAGCUCAGCGUCGUCGCUGACGACGGAGGCGGAGUCGGACCACGGGUUUGGAGGCGGUUCGGGGGGGUACCCGGCGCCCCCCUCCUCCCCAUCCUCCUCCUCCUCAUCCCCUCCCCCGCCCCCGGUGGGCUGGUUGCGGACCAGCCACAGCAGCCCUCUGUGGGGAACCACCUUCAUCACCCGCCAGCAGCACCAUCCUCUUCCUCACCGGGAGCGCAGCCACUCCCACUCCCCUGGCUCCAUGGCAACGGUGGUGCAGGGCAGCGAGUGGUCCUGCGGCCGCUGCACCUUCCUGAACGCGGGCGGAGCCCCCCGCUGCUCCAUCUGCGAGGCGCCGCGCCAGAAGCCCGACCUGAACCACAUCCUGCGGCUGAGCAGCGGCGAGGAGCCGCGCUGGGCCUGCCCCCGCUGCACCCUGAAGAACCCCCCGGGCUCCGGGGCCUGCUCCGUGUGCGGCUUCGGCCCCUGGCCCGCCACCGCCCCCCCUCCGCCGCCCGUCAACCCCUCCCCCUCCCCCACCGCCCCCGCGGUGGUGGUGAACGGCGUGCUGCCCCCGGCGGCGGUGGAGCCGUCCGCCCCGGCCCCCGUCCUGCUGGAGCCCCGCGGGCAGCAGCCCCCGCCCCCCAAGCAGCAGGAGGCGGCGGCGGCGCGGCGGGCCGAGGGCGGUGGCGGGGAGGCGGGCGGGGGGGCGCAAGGCGCCGGCUGGGCGUGUCCGCGCUGCACGCUGCACAACACGGCGGUGGCGCUGUCGUGCUCGGCGUGCGGCGGCCCCCGCAAGCUCUCCCUGCCCAAGAUCCCCCCCGAGGCGCUGGUGGUCCCGGAGGUCCACACCCCCCUGCUGCUGGGCUUCCCCGUCCCGCCCGCCGCCCCACUGCUCAUAGACCUCACGGACGACUCCCCCCCGCCGGCCCCCCCGCCCUGUGAGGCCCCGGAGCCCCCCCAACCCUCCCCCCAGGCCCUCGCCUCCCCCUUCACGCCCUUCUCCUCCCUCCAGAACAACCCCGUGCCGCGCAGCCGGAGGGAGGUGCCCCCCACGGGGCGGCCCCCCAACCCCGGCGGCUCCCCCAGCCCCACCUCCCCCUUAGCCGCCACGGCGCCCCCCCAGCCCUGCCCCCAGCUGCGGACCAAACCCAAACCCCAGGCCCAGCCCCAGGAGCCCCCCUUCCCGGGCAAGAGGCUCAGCGUGCUGGAGGAGGGAGACCCCCUCCCCCACCACCACCACCCCACAGCCCCCCACCCCCCCUCCUCCUCCACCUCCACCUCUUCGUCCUCCACCUGGAAGUGCCCGGGCUGCGCACUGCCCAACCUCGGCGGGGCUUCCAAGUGCGAGGGGUGCCGUGGCUCGCGGGCGGGCGCCGACCUCAUCGACCUGGUGGGCUGCGAGGCGGUGCGCUUCACCCCGGCCAGCCCCUCCAGCCCGGACUUCAGCACCUGGGCCUGCUCCAAGUGCACCCUCCACAACCCCACCGGGGCGGCGCAGUGCUCGGCCUGCGGCUCCUCCAAGCUGCACGGCUUCGUGGACCGCGAGGCCGGGGCCCCACGCUGCUGCCCCCUCCAUGGACCCCCGACGGGGGCCGGCGGCUCGGCCUGCUCCUGCUCCAACGCCACCUCUGGGCACAAGGCACGGAAACAGGCCCGCGCCUUCCCCCCUGCCGCCGCCUCCUCCUCCUCCUCCUCCUCUCUGGAGAAGGCGGGGCAGUGGGCAUGUCCGGCCUGCACGCUGCUGAACGCCGGCCCCGCCAAGAACUGUGUGGCGUGCCACACGCCGCAGCAGUACCUGACGCUGCGCAAGGUGGCCAAGCCGCUGAAGAGGCGGGAGAGCAUGCACGUGGAGGCGCGGCGGCGCAACGACGAAGGCGAGGCCAAGGAGCUCUGGGAGAACAUCGUCAGCUUCUGUCAGGAGAACGUGGUGAACUUUGUGGACGACAGCUUCCCCCCCGGUCCGAGCUCAGUGGGCUUCCCUGAGAGUGACAGCGUCCAGCAGCGAAUCAAAAAGUGGCUCCGCCCCCACGAGAUUAACUGCAGCAACUUCAAGGACAGAGGAGUGAAGUGGUCUGUGUUCCGGACGCCCCGCCCCUCCGACAUCCUGCAAGGCCUGCUGGGAAACUGCUGGUUCCUGAGUGCCCUGGCGGUGCUGGCGGAGCGUCCCGAGCUGGUGGAGCGGGUCAUGAUCACGCGCGGCCUGUGUCCGCAGGGGGCCUACCAGGUGAGGCUGUGCAAGGACGGCACCUGGACCACGGUCCUGGUGGACGACAUGCUGCCCUGCGACGACUACGGCUACCUGCUCUUCUCUCAGGCCCAGAGGAAGCAGCUGUGGGUGGCUCUGAUCGAGAAGGCGCUGGCCAAGCUCCACGGGUCGUACUACGCCCUGCAGGCGGGGCGGGCCAUCGAGGGCCUGGCCACGCUGACCGGGGCCCCCUGCGACUCCCUCAUGCUGCAGGUCAGCUCCACCAACCCCCGCGAGGAGGCCAUCGACACAGACCUCAUCUGGGCCAAAAUGCUGAGCUCCAAGGAGGCUGGGUUCCUGAUGGGCGCGUCGUGCGGCGGGGGCAACAUGAAGGUGGACGAUGUCGUCUACGAGUCCAAGGGCCUGCGCCCGCGACACGCCUACUCCAUCUUGGACGUCCGGGACGUCCAGGGAUACAGGUUGCUACGGUUACGUAACCCAUGGGGGCGGUUCUCGUGGAACGGGAGCUGGUCGGACGAGUGGUCUGAUUGGCCGCAGCACCUUCGAAGCGAGCUGAUGGCUCACGGCAGCAGCGAGGGAGUGUUCUGGAUGGAGUACUCUGACUUCAUCAAGUUCUUUGACUCGGUGGACAUCUGCAAGAUCCACUCGGACUGGCAGGAGGUGCGGCUGCAGGGCUGCUUCCCCAGCCGGGCCAGCGGGCCCAUCACCGUCACCGCCCUCACCGUGCUGGAGAGGACCGCCCUGGAGCUGGCCCUGUUCCAGGAGGGCAGCAGGCGCUCGGACACAGCAGACAGCCACCUGCUGGACCUGUGCAUCAUGGUGUUCCGCGCCUCGUUCGGCGGCGCCAACAGGCUAACGCUAGGCCGCCUGCUAGCCCACAGCAAGCGAGCGGUCAAGAAGUUUGUGGGCUGCGACGUGAUGCUGGAGCCCGGGGAGUACGCCGUGGUCUGCUGCGCCUUCAACCACUGGCAGAUGAACGCCUCUAUAGGACCGCCCACUCCUGUGUCCAGCCCCACAGCGAGCAGCGGCAGUGGGGCCGGGGGGGCGUGGCGGGGCCAGGACUACCCGGCUCACAUCCUGGCGGUGUACAGCUCCCGGCAGGUGAUGGUUGAGCAGGUGGAGGUGACGCCCACCACCCUGGCCGACGCCAUCAUCCUGCUCACCGAGAACAAGGGGGAGAGACACGAGGGCCGUGAGGGGAUGACCUGCUACUACCUGACCCACGGGUGGGCGGGGCUUAUCGUGGUGGUGGAGAAUCGCCACCCCAAGUACUUCCUGCAUGUGUCAUGUGACUGCACAGACAGCUUCAACGUGGUCUCCACGCGCUGCAGCCUCAAGACCAUCGACAGUGUCCCGCCUCUACACAGGCAGGUGCUGGUGGUGCUGUCCCAGCUGGAGGGCAACGCAGGCUUCUCCAUCACCCACCGGCUGGCACACCGCAAGGCGGCGCAGGCCUCCCUGGGCGACUGGACCCCCACCAAGGCCACGCACAGCCCCCAGCUCACCCCCGACAUCGACGGCCUGCACCGGCCCCGGCCGCUAUGACCCCCCCCGACCUGUGACCUCAAUGACCUCCACACACUGGGGGUCACCAGGUCUUGCAGUGGGGAUGUGCCAUGGGGGAAGGGGUGGGGGGGGGGGGUUGACUUCCUGGAUCAACAGGAAGUCAGGAUCAUAAUAAUUGUUUGACUUAUUUUCCGCCACGCCCCCAAAAGACUCUUGAGUGCACUUGCCUGUGGGCGUGCACGAGGAUCGAGGGGCGUGCACGGGAAACAUGCACUCUGGAUUCCCUGCCAGAGGAUUGUUGAGGAUGCGCUCUCACUACUGAGCCUAACGAGCCAAUCAGCAUCCUCGCUUGUACACUUGAACCCUCCCACCCCGUCCCAGAAGCUGCACUGGUGUUCCAGGAGGAACACGACGGUACUUCAACAGGUCCACUGUUGGUUUGUUUGUUUGUGGUUUCAAACGUUUCCCACCUCUUCCAGAGUUCACUUCAGGUCACGAGAAAAAGCCAUUAUCUAUAUAGUGUGGUCAAGAUACUCUCUCUCUGUCUCUGUCUCUCUCUCUCGCUCUCGCUCUCUGUCUCUGUCUCUGUCUGUCUCUCUCUCUCGCUCUCUCUCUCUGUCUCUGUCUGUCUCUCUCUCUGU